UUGUUCAAUUAAAUUCUAAAAUGGCUUUUCCCCAUAUAUUUCGAAGAGUUUUACAUCAAAAAUUUCUAUUUUUGACAAUUUUUUUCUUUACUUGUCUUCUUAGUAUUGUACGUUUCAGACCACCUGAUAUUGAUCACUAUGAUAUAGUAAUCGAUUAUAAUAUAAAUCAAUUACUGAAUAUUACCAAUUUUAAGUAUUUACUUAAAACGGAGCAAUGUCAGAAUUACGAAUACGAAAAGCCUUUGCUCGGAAUUCUUAUCGUGACUUCACUUGUAAAGCAUAACAAAUUACGUAUGGCACAUCGUAAUGCUUUACCACAAUGUAAAUUAGCUGAAUUGGGUUUUCAACGCAUAUUCUUGCUUGGCGAUACUCCCCCCAAUGAAAUUCCGGUGAGCAAAUCAGUACUACAACAUGAACAACAUCGUUUUGGUGACUUGUUACAGGGAAACUUUUAUGACACAUAUCAUAAUUUGACAUAUAAGCACGUUAUGGGUUUGCGGUGGGCGAGCAAUGAAUGUAGAAGAGCAAAAUUCAUUAUAAAACUCGAUGAGGACAUCAUUUACGAUGUUUACUAUCUACAAAGCUACUUAAAGACGUUAUUGGAACAUGAAUUGAAACUGAGCACAUCAAAUCGUCUACUAUCGGGUGUUAUUAUUGUUGCAAGUCAACCAAUACGUUAUCUUGGUUCGAAAUGGCUUGCUCCACCGGAGGAAUUUUCAUCUAGCAUCUAUCCAUACUAUAUAUCAGGGUAUUGUUAUGUAACCAAUGCGUUAACUGCAAAACGUUUAGUUGGAGAAGCAGCAGAGACGCCAUUCUUUUGGAUAGAUGACGCUUGGGUGAUUGGUAUAAUAAAAAAAUAUCGACUUGAAAUACCGCUGCAAUCAAGAUUUGUAUCCACUCAUUAUUCAAUAGCUUUGAAUAAUUGCUGUGAGAAGUAUUUAACUAAGUAUGGAUAUAAUUGUGAGUAUAAAAUCGGUAUUGCUGACAUAUACGAUACGGAAACAGUUGUCCAAUUUCAAAAAGCUUUGGAAUUGUGUUAUUAUAAUAAUGUGUAAGAACUUUAAGAUGAAUGUGAAGUUAAAAGAGACAUAUAGUUAUUAACAUAUUUUUUAAGAAAAAAUGUGCAAUAUUAAUAGUUAAAUAUCUUACGAUGUAAACGAAUGAUAUUAAAGGAUCGAAAUGGUUCUAAGUACUGAGUUUUAUACGGCAAUAUAUACAUAUUUCUAAGAUCACUAUUAUAAUCUAACGCAGAUCUUAGAUAAGUCAUUGAAUAAUCACAAAGCUUAUGAGGAAUACACAAAUUAAACAGUGAGAUGGGUGGUACUGUGCAGAAACCCAACAGCUAUCAAAGAGUAAAAUGCCCAGAUGCACUUACUCGGAAAAAAAAGG